CCAACACGGAUCUGGAUCUGCCACAUCUGCCGUGUCUUUAUUUCUACCUCUUAGCGCCGCUCUCCGUCCAGGCGCAAUUGCUUAUCAGAUCUCGCGAAAGUCAUCAGCGAACCUCUUCCUCCUCCUCCUCCUCCUCCUCCUCCUCCUCCUCGCAGCUUGCAUUACAUUGCUGCAUGUGCAUGGGUCUGGUCGUUCUGCAAGCCGCGACGCGGAGCUCCGGGCCACCCCCGUGACGUUUGGUGGUGUUGGUGUGUUGGCGCCACAACCGUAUGCUUCUGCUGCGCUGCUGCGAGACGCACGCGGCAGUAUGAGAGGGAAGCAACCAGGCUCGGGGAUCAGACAUCGUUUGGAUCGCAUCUCGUCCAAGCGCCCUGCCUUCUCUUGAGACACCCCGUUCCAGUCGCGUCAUCGUCGAGAAUUCUCCUGCGCUCCUUGGAGAGAUUUGUUGUUACACCCACACUCCCAAUGCAAUGAGUGGCGCGUCCGAGAGGACCUCGCUCAAGGACGAGGUGGCCGCCGUAGAGAACGGCCGCAGUCAACCGGGGAUGAGUUCGACGUCGCGCGGCACUCGUAUCGGCCACAAGAAGUCGCGGAAUGGAUGUCAGCAGUGCAAGAAACGACGUGUCAAGUGCGAUGAGAGCCGACCAUGUCGCAACUGCGUGCGGCACAAUGUCAAGUGCAGUCUCGUCCUGACGCCCUUUCCAGCACCGCUGCCGGCCGUAGGUGAAUCGCCCAAGCCGGCUUUCGAGGCCGCCAACACGGCGACUCCGGGCAGUAUUAGGGAGGCUUCGACGACCAGCCGUCCUGAAAGUCGGCCCGAGGGACCCUCGCCACAGGUCUCGUCGUUGAAGGACAAGGUCGCCGCCAUCCAGGGCUUGCUGUCCGAGUUCUCGGCCGAAGUGGACGCUCUGAAUCACGGCAGCCGCGAUAGCUUCAGCGGCUCAACUCAUGGCUCGGUCCAGGGCGAGUCCCGAGACGCUCACAGCUUCUCAAAGGCCGACUGGUUGGUCGACAUGCAACUCAUCCACCACUUCACCUCCAACACGGCACACACUCUCUCCGAAAACCCAGACUUUGUCCAUCUCUGGACGACAACGGUACCGCAAAUCGCUUUUUCCAACGACUUCCUCCUCCACGGCAUCUUGGCCAUAUCGGCCAUCCACAUGGCUCACUGCAACCCCGAAAAGAGGGAAAAGUACGCUACCAUAUCUGCUCGCCACCAAAACAUCGCCCUUAGCCAGUUCUCCCCUGGCUUGACCGAGAUCGGCGAAAACAACGCCGAUGCAUACGUCCUGCACGCAAUAUGCAUCUUUCUUGUCAACACUUACUCCAUCGCCAAUCCCCAAGGCCCAAUCACCUCCAGGGACGUUGCUCAGUCUUUCAUUCUGCUGCAGGGGAUCAGGAGCAUCCUCGCUCUUCCCUUUGCCCACCGAUACAUAUUCAACGGGCCACUGGCCCGUUGGCUUUACCAAGGCAGCGUAGAGCCCGCGGUAAGGGGCAACUACUCUUCCAAGAUCGACGACCUCCUCAACCUCACACGCAGCAUGGCGCCCUCGGACGAUACCGUGACCUGCCAAUCGGCCCUCGAGGGCCUCAAGCAAACAUUCGCCGCCGUCUCCACGCCCCAACACAGGAAAGGUCUUGUCUGGCGAUGGGCUGUGUCUCUGCCCCAAUCCUUCCUCGAGCUCAUGAGCCAGAACCACCCGAUGGCCCUUGUGAUUCUCAUGUACUACGCGGCGCUGGUCCAUGCCUUCGAGCGGAACAUGUGGUACCUCACCGGCUGGGGCUCCAAUGUGGCCUCGGCCUUGGAUAAGGCCAUCCAGGAGCCGUGGAGGGAGUGGAUUCAAUGGCCCUUGAGGUGCAUUCGUGAGGGUGUCGAUAUCCGGCAGAUCGAACCGCUCAAGCCAGUCGAGGGCAAUCCUAGGACCCAGCUCCCCACCAUCAACUUUAACCUGGGCCUUUUCAAGCCAAGCGAGCCGCCUCCGUGAGCAGUCAACAUCGGCCUGUCCCGCGUUCACUCGUGAUGCAAGAGACAGACGUGCCAUCGUCACCAAACUUCCUCGUUGUAGAGCACCCGGCCUACCCAACUCGCGUCACCGAGGUUCCGGAGGUCGCUUCACUGAUCCGAUUAUGCUUUCGGCUACAGUUGUGUGACCCAUACUGGAGCAACAACUGCCAUUUUCCAGACCUCUAAAUAAGGUGUGCCAACUUAUGGCCCACGCCGAUACCGUGAGAUUACGGUCAAGCGGCCCUGACCCGGAUCUGCCGUCGGUCCAUAUAGCACUGUCUAGGUUGCCUGCGAGCACCAGACACUAGCGACAACAUCAACACCAAGCUACAACGUCGACACUUAGCUACAAGACGACCCAAAAGUCACCGGUUUGAGUGUGAGACUCCCUGCGUCAAUGCCGAUGUCGAAACCACACUGUCGAAUACAUCGCUCUCAGCCAGACUGCAGCAAUCCCCCCUUCGCCGGGGUGACUGCACGUGCCUAGUGAGCAGAGACAUCCAGAUACCACGAAAAAGGCUUCAGCCAUUUUUGACUCGGCCUCCAAGCUCAAAUCCCGGAGACCAUGGCAGUCCAGGUGGGACAAGUUGGAACCGGGUGAGAAGAACCCCCCGACGAGGAAGACACUGGUGGUUCAGCAUCUGCGACCCCGGCAUGCGGUCGCAUGUAGCAUGUAAUUACAGAAUUGGUAGCCCGGACUGGUGUGGUAAUUCUGCCGUAGCUGCCGCGACGAUUUUCUUCGGCGGGCCCAGAUCUGGGAGUCUGUUCUAUCAUCGCAUCUUAAGAGACAGUAUGACGGCGUCAUGGCUGCACGACUGUCUCGCGCAGCCUCAUUGUCCUCUUCCUUAUCGUACAUAGAGCCAAUCCACUUUCUGAAGGCUAUCAGUCCUGUAUGUGCACAGCUAGCUUAUUACACAAUGUUCAUCAAGUUUGCUGCAAGACAGGU